CUAUCUCGAAAAGGAUCUCUCGAUUGAUCCAAUUUGGAACAGACAAGAGCUUUGAAACUACUUUUUUUCCCCAUCACAAACCAGACAACGCAGUUGCAACAACCGCAAAGAUGGUUCAGUCCGCUAUUCUCGGUUUCCCCCGUAUGGGUGUUAACCGUGACCUGAAGAAGGCCACCGAAGCUUACUGGGGUGGAAAGAUCUCCCAAUCUGACCUCCUAGCUGAGGCCAAGCGUCUCCGCCUUGCUCACUGGAAGAUCCAGCAGGAUGCCGGUGUCGACAUCAUCCCCAGCAACGACUUUGCUCUCUACGACCACGUCCUCCACCAGAUCCAGGACUUUGGUGCCGUUCCCGAGCGAUACACCAAGGAUGGCCUUGACCCCAUUGACCAGUACUUCGCCAUGGGCCGUGGUCACCAGAAGGAGGGUGUCGAUGUCCCCUCUCUGGAGAUGGUCAAGUGGUUCGACUCUAACUACCACUACGUCAAGCCCACCCUCCAGGACGGCCAGACCUUCAAGCUCGCUGAGAGCCCCAAGGCUGUUGCUGACUUCAAGGAGGCCAAGGAUGCUGGCAUCAGCACCCGCCCCGUCCUUGUUGGCCCUGUCUCUUUCCUUCACCUCGGCAAGGCCGACCGUGACCAGAAGGUCGACCCUAUCGACCUUCUCGAGAAGCUCCUCCCCGUCUAUGAGCAGCUCCUCACUCAGCUGAAGGAGGCUGGUGCCGAGACCGUCCAGAUUGACGAGCCUGUUCUUGUCUUCGAUCUUCCCCAGAAGACCAAGGAUGCUUUCAAGCCCGCCUAUGAGAAGUUCGCCAGCCUUGGCGACAAGAUCCCCAAGGUCGUUUUCACCACCUACUUCGGUGACAUCGUCCACAACCUUGACCUCCUCCCCAAGGACGUCUACGGUCUCCACAUCGACCUUGUCCGCAACCCUGAGCAGCUUGACAAGGUCCUCGGUGCCAUUGGCUCCAACACCAUCCUCUCUGCCGGUGUCGUCGAUGGACGUAACAUCUGGAAGACCAACCUGAAGCGUGCCAUCGAGAUUGUCGAGACCGCUGUCCAGAAGCUCGGCAAGGACCGUGUCAUUGCCGCCACCUCCAGCUCUCUCCUCCACACCCCUCACACUCUUGCCAGCGAGAAGAAGCUGGACACCGAGAUUGCCGACUGGUUCUCUUUCGCUACUGAGAAGGCAUCUGAGAUUGCUCUCAUUGCCAAGGCCGUCACCGAGGGCCCUGCCACCGUCCGCGAGCAGCUCGAGGCUAACGCCAAGUCUAUCAAGGCUCGUGCUGACUCUCCCCGCACCAACGAUCCUCAGGUCAAGGACCGUCAGUCCAAGGUCACCCAGAAGGACUACGAGCGCAAGAGCGAGUUCACUACCCGUAUCAGCCAACAGCAGAAGAAGCUGAACCUCCCCCUCUUCCCCACCACCACCAUUGGAUCUUUCCCCCAGACCAAGGAGAUCCGAAUCCAGCGAAACAAGUUCACCAAGGGUGAGAUCACCGUUGAGGAGUACGACCGCUUCAUUGAGAAGGAGAUCGAGGAGAACGUCAAAAUCCAAGAGGAGCUUGACCUCGAUGUCCUUGUCCACGGUGAGCCUGAGCGUAACGACAUGGUUCAGUUCUUCGGUGAGCGAUUCCAGGGUUACGCUUUCACCACACACGCCUGGGUUCAGUCUUACGGUUCCCGAUGCGUCCGACCUCCUAUCAUUGUCGGUGACAUCUCCCGACCCAACCCCAUGACUGUCAAGGAGUCCAAGUACGCCGUCUCAGUCUCCAAGAAGCCCAUGAAGGGUAUGCUCACUGGUCCCGUCACUUGCCUUCGAUGGUCUUUCCCCCGUGACGAUGUCCACCAGUCCGUCCAGGCUGAGCAGCUUGCUCUUGCCCUCCGUGACGAGGUCGUCGACCUUGAGAAGGCCGGCAUCGAUGUCAUCCAGGUCGAUGAGCCCGCUCUCCGUGAGGGUCUUCCCCUCCGCUCCGGUGAGGAGCGUGACGCCUACCUCAAGUGGGCUGUCCAGGCUUUCCGCCUCUCCACCGCUGGUGUCGAGGAUGCCACUCAGAUCCACUCUCACUUCUGUUACUCUGAAUUCCAGGACUUCUUCCACGCCAUCGCUGCUCUUGAUGCCGAUGUCCUCUCCAUUGAGAACAGCAAGUCCGAUGCCAAGCUCCUCCGUGUCUUUGUCGACUCUGAGUAUCCCCGCCACAUCGGACCUGGUGUCUACGACAUCCACUCUCCUCGUGUCCCCAGCGAGCAGGAGAUCAAGGACCGCAUCGAGGAGAUGCUUCAGUUCCUCAAGCCUGAGCAGCUCUGGAUCGACCCUGACUGUGGUCUCAAGACCCGUCAGUGGAAGGAGACUAAGGAGGCGCUUACCAACAUGGUUAACGCCGCCAAGUACUUCCGAAACAAGUACGCCAAAUAAAUGUCAACCAGCACUAUGUGUGUAGAGGUUGAUGGGGAUGCCUGUGGAUUAUGUUAAUAUUGCAUUUUGUGGAGUCUGUUCUUGGGAACAGCUACGAUUUCAACAUCGGCGUUUGGGGCUGGCCUAAAAAAAGGACCAGAAAUAUUUGUGGUAAUCCCAAAAGUUAACCUGUGGAUUAGGAACUGGGUACGGAUGAUUUGGCGAGCAUUCAACAUUUGCAUAUACCCUCCCAAUUGGGAGCAGAUGAAGGUCUUAAAAUCAACAAAUUGACCUAUUUUUCAUGAUGAUGAAUAU